GAGAGGCGGGGCUGUUGCUGUGGGCGCGAGGAGGAGGUCGAGAGGAGGGAGGCCUCGCCGGGCCAUGGCGACCUCGGCCGGUUAGACGCGUCCCCUGCCGGCGGGGAUUGGGCGACGAGGACGAGGAGGAGGAAGAAGAAGAGGUGGUGGAGGAGAGGAGGAGGAAGUGGAAGGAUGUGGCGGACCGCGCUGCUCAUCGCCUGCGGCGCGUCCGCGGCGCCGCUGUCUGCCCCGGGCGUGGUGCGGGCAGUGGGCUGGGCGACCUGGGCUGAACCGGCGCUGGUGCUGUCCGUGUGUGGCCUGGCCUUCCUGUGCGUCCUGCUCGUCGCCUGCUCCUGGUGUCUGCCAAGACCCAUCCCGUUUAAGGAGUUUGAGGACCCACUGGCGGACGAGUUUGGCGCUGAUGAUUUCAUUCCACCCGGAGAGGACACCCCCUCGCACCACGCGGCCCCCUCGCCACCCCCGGGUCUCCUGCUGGAGGCGACGACGGUGGCCGACGUGUACACGCUGCCCCGGCACCACGACCAGCAGCACCGCGACGGUGGUCACACAGCGGCUACCGUCAACCGGCAGAACAUCAGCUACCUGCAGGAGCUCGGGAGGGGGUGGUUUGGCCAGGUGUUGCUGGGAGAGGUGUACUCACAGCCGGGGAUCGGCCCUGUUGCCGUGCGGCAGCUGGAGCCUUCCGCCCGUCUCUCCGAGCAGACCCGCUUCCUACAUGAAGUGCAGCCUUACAGGGCGGCGAGGCAUGAGCACGUGCAGCGCUGCGUCAGCACGUGCACUGAGGCCGUGCCGCUGCUCGCACUCAUGGAGUUCUGCCCCAUGGGCGACGUGAAGGCGUACCUGUCGGCGCGGGCCGGCGCCGGUGGGGCCGGUGGGCCCGGCGAGGCCGAGCGGUGCCGCAUGGCGCGGCAGGUGGCGGCUGGGCUGGCUCACCUGCACCAGCAGGGCUUCGUGCACCGGGACCUCGCCCUCAGGAACUGCCUGCUGAGCACCGACCUCACCGUGAAGAUCGGCGACUACGGCAUCGGCCCUGACAAACACCCGGACGACUAUGUGGAUCUGGGAGUGGGCGACCCCGUGGCCUUGCGGUGGCUCGCCCCGGAGCUGCUUCUCAACCUCAACGCUCAACCCCGCGCCGCCCCGCAGACCGCCCCGGGGAACGUGUGGGCGAUGGGGGUGACGCUGUGGGAGCUGCUGGAGUCCGGCGCUCGUCCCUACGGCUCCGUCUCCGACGCGGACGUCCUCUCGGCUCUCGCUCGCGACUCCCUGCCGCGCCUCCCGCGACCCGCGCUGCGCUCCCCCAACACGGAGCAGUGGUACGAGGUGCUGCUCUUCUGCUGGCUAGACAAGGAGCGGCGCCCGUCUGCUAGCGAGGUGCACCAGCUGCUCGCGCACCUUCAAGGGGACAAGCAGCAGCAGCAGCAGCAGCAGCAAGAGGAGGAGGAGGAGGAGCACCGGGAGCUGUUGCAGCAAGCGGCACUGCUUGAAGCGCAGCCCCAGCAGCCCCAGCAGCCGAGCAGCUUCGAGGAGCGGUGGAACGCGCUGGCGCCGCCGCCGCCGCCGCCGCAACUGCCGGGCCUCGAGCAGCAACCCGACCUGGCCGGCCUCACCGCGUAUUUCCCGCCGUCACCCGCCACCGGCGCCGGCGGCAUCGCCGGGUUGGGUUCCGCCUUCCCUCUGCUGCAGCCGAUCGGGGGGAGGGCGUUGCCGCAGGGCGCCGCGUGCGAGCGGCCCGGCGCCCUGGAGGCGGGCUGGUGGGAGCCGCCGCCCGUAGGUCCCGUCGUCGCCGCCGGCGCCGCUCGAGGAAACCCGUUCCUGGAGCGGCCGGAGCUGGAGCCGGGCGCGGAGCGGCGGGCCCCGCCGGACCCCGUGCCGGCCGUCGCCGGCGGCACGAGAGCGGUGACCCUGGGCGGUUCGCACCUCGGCGAGUCCAGUACCGACCCCGGCUUGAACGGCGCCGGCGCCUUGUGGGAUAACGCGGCAGGCGGCGGCGGCGGCGGCGGCGGCGGCGGCGGUGGGACCAGUGGUGCGGCGCGGGACCCACUGCUGGGGCUGCUCACCACCGAUCGGCUGCAGGACAACUACUUCUACCUUAAGAACACGGCGCUCAUCAAGGAGUCGGCACGAUCGGGGGGGGCACACGCGCGGGCGGCGCAAGCUGGAGGGGCGGCGGAGGCCUCCCUGUGGGGGGGAGGGGAGAACGCUCCGGCAGGAUCGGCCGCUACGACCGGCUCGGCCUGUCCACCGGAUUCGACCACGGUCGCCGACUUAUAUCCUCGUACCGGCUCGAUGCAGCCGCGCAGCGUAGCUAGCCCACCUGACCCGAGCCACCUGGCCGACUCGCUUAUACCUGACUCGGCGCGUCCACCCUCGACCUCGCCUCACUCGGCCAGCCGACUUGGCUCAACCACCGCGGCUGACAUAUCCCCUCUGCCAGACUCGACACAGGCCAGCUCAACCAGUCCGCCUGACUCAACCACCACGGCUGACUCGCUCUUGCUUGACUCGACACACUCACUUAACUCAACCAGUCCGCCUGACUCAACCACCACGGCUGACUCACUUUUACUUGACUCAACACACCCACCUAGCUCAACCAGUCCACCUCACUCAACCACCAUCAAUGACUCGCUCUUGCUUGACUCAACACACUCACCUAACUCAACCAGUCAUCCUGACUCAACCUCCACGGCUGACUCACUUUUGCUUGACUCAACACACUCACUUAACUCAACCAGUCCACCUCACUCAACCACCAUCAAUGACUCACUUUUGCUUGACUCAACACACUCACUUAACUCGACCAGUCCACCUCACUCAACCACCAUCAAUGACUCACUUUUGCUUGACUCAACACACUCACCUAACUCAACCAGUCAUCCUGACUCAACCACCACGGCUGACUCACUUUUACUUGACUCAACACACUCACUUAACUCGACCAGUCCACCUCACUCAACCACCAUCAAUGACUCACUUUUGCUUGACUCAACACACUCACUUAACUCAACCAGUCCACCUCACUCAACCACCAUCAAUGGCUCACUUUUGCUUGACUCAACACACUCACCUAACUCAACCAGUCAUCCUGACUCAACCUCCACGGCUGACUCACUUUUGCUUGACUCAACACACUCACUUAACUCAACCAGUCCACCUCACUCAACCACCAUCAAUGACUCGCUCUUGCUUGACUCAACACACUCACCUAGCUCAACCAGUCAUCCUGACUCAACCUCCACGGCUGACUCACUUUUGCUUGACUCAACACACCCACUUAACUCAACCAGUCCACCUCACUCAACCACCACUGCUGACUCGCCCGACUCAACCGUUGUCCCUCGCUCAACCCAUCCACUGGAAUCCUCCCACCUUCCGAAGUCAUCCCUUCCCACGGAAUCGACCAGUCCGCCCGACUGGAACCUUCUUAGUCACUCAGCCAGUCCAUCGCACUCCACCCCUCCUACCGCUCCCACCCGUCCACCCGACUCAAGCGCUCUGCUUGACCCAACCCUUCCCUCAGAGUCAGUCACUCCGGCCGAUAUAACCUGUCCACCCAUCUCGACCCAUCUACCCAAGUCCACCGCUGUGCCAACCACUCUCACAGAGUCAACCCCCCAGACCAACUCAACCUCUCCGCCUGAAUCUACUCUCCGACCAGCCUCAUCCUUUCCCUCCGCAUCAAUCACUCUCGCAGAGUCGACCGCACGGAACAACUCAACCGUUCCACCCGAGUCCACCCCUCCACCUGCCUCCUCCUUUCCCUCCGCAUCAAGCACCCCCGCAGAGUCGACCACCCCACCGAUCAACUCGACCCCUCCUCCACCCUCCUCCACCCCGCUGAUUGACCCGACCCCGCCAUCCAACGGGGUGCGGGUGGGGAGCGAGGUCCUCUUGCCGAGUCGCCCGCCACCGCCUCCGCCCGCCACGGCCGCGCCCCACCACGUGACCCGGGAGGAGCUCAACACCAACAACAACAACCAGUGGAGCGGCGGCGGCGGCGUCGGCGGCCUGCCCGCACCGUCGCCCAACAACGACUGGAGCCGGUUGCCGGACCUGGCGCCACCGUCGCCGCUCGCGUCGCCAAGCAUCGGCGAUCCGAGCGACGAGCCCGACGCGGUCGGCAAGGGGGAGGGCGAGUUGGCGAUGGUGCCGGCGGGCGCGGCCUUCCAGCAGCACCUCGUCGUGGGCCGGGCGCUGCUGCAGGCGGACGAGGCCGGCGUGCGCAAGUCGUUGUACCGCGACUCGGCGUACUUCUCCGACCUGGAGCUGGACAAGCACGGCGGGGGCGGAGGGGGCGCGGACACGCCCCUGCCAGCCAACGGCAGCGACGGCGACGCCGACAACGAGAUGAAGAGGAACGGCGCCGGCCCGGAGCGGCGGCACGGAGGCGGCGACGACGACGACGACGACGACGACGACGACGACGUGUCGAGCGCCUCGUCACUGGAGGAGGUUCUCACGGGCGGCACGGAGUCUCACGACGACGACGACGACGACGACGACGACUUUGACGUGGGCGGCUUAGGCGGCGGUGCGGGGGACCGUGACGAGUUCCUGAGCUCGAAUCCCUUCGAGGGGGGAUUCGUGGCUCCGGCCGGGAUGAGCGAGAGGGACGCGGGGCAAGCGCUCGGGGAGACGGCCGACGCGGCGACGGGGAACGACGGGACGGGCGGGGAGACGCCGCGGGCCGAGCGUUCCGAGGCGGACGCGACGGGCGGCGCGGAAGACGCGACGCAGCACGCGGACGACGGAGGGGACGCGCCGGGGAACGGAGUCGCGGACGACGGCGCCGCCGCCGCCGCCGCCGCCGCCGCGACGGAGGCCCCCACCAACCCCUUCGACAUCCCCUUCAUCGACGCGGAAGACAGCGUGUCGGAUGAGGAGGCCGUCGGCGGCGGGUACGGCCUGCGCCCGGGCCUGGACGACGAGGACGACGAGGACGACGAGGAUGAGGAGGAGGAGGACGACGACGACGACGACGAGGAGGAGGAGGAGGAGGAUGAGAGCUGGGACAGCGACGAGGACUGGGGCCCCGUACCGGAGGUGGUGAUGGAGGAGGAGGAGGUUGCGCGCUCGCUCAAGGGGCUGCUCAAGCGGCCGCGGGGGUCGGCGCGCACGCACGGCAAGCGCGUGAGCUUCUUCGACGACGUCACGGUGCACCUCUUCAACAAGGCCUUUCCCACCAGCAGCCUGGGCGGCAGCGACACGUGCGACCACGGCGAAAGCGGCGACGCUAACAGCGUCGGUGGUGGCGGCGGCCGCCUGCACGUGACCACAGGGGGAGUCCACACCGGCUCCCGCACCGCCCGCCCGCUCGGCGCGGACCGCUGCAGCUCGGACGACUCCUCCGAAGACGGAAGCGGCUUCGAGUGGGAUGACGAGCUGAUGCCGGGGGGGAUACGGCCGCCCCCUGUGCUGCGAAUCCCGCGGCCCUCGCGGCCCCCCCCACCUCCCCCCCGCCACCGGCCCCCUGACCCCCCCGCGGCGGUCACCCUGCCCCUCCGCCGGGCGCCCCCCGUGCCCCUCAUGCCCCCCGCGGUCAGCAUCCUCUCCAGCUCCCCCCCGCGGCUCAAGCUGUCGGACCCCGCGGCCCUGAUCCAGUCUCGACUCAGCGGCUCCCCGGGGCUCUCCUUCACCCACGUCAGCGAGUCCGACGUGGAGUCUCCUCCGGGAAGUAGCGAGGAGGGCGAUGGGAGCUGAGGUGGCGGUUGUGGCCGCCCUCCCCCCCCCCCCCCGCCGGCUCCCAUGUGGCCGACUCACGGCCGGCGCGGUGAGCGCCAUCGCUCGGAGCUUCAACGAGCGGCGGCGUAUUUCCGCCCCCCGGCACACCACAUCCAGUAUACCUCUCUGAUAUGGGCCGUGGCUUAUUACGAGUCACGGGGCCACCCUCUCCGGCAGUCUACCAGCGACCCUGGGAAAUGUUGAGGGAGGGAGAAGUUAGCCCCCCGGAGCAUGCUCGCACUCGCUCACGCACGCACACACACGCUCGCACGUGGGCACACACAGAGACAAAGAUCCCCCCUGUAGCCUUCAUCGACUGUUGGGGCAAGUGCCGUCAGCGAGCACCUAUGAAGCCUGGCGCAGUACGCGAGGGGGGUGGGUGCCCAGCACCACGCCAAACCACCCUUUGUCACACACACUCGGACACACGCUCACACGCGCGGACACACAUACGUUGCAGACACGCACACGCGUGCGACUGCACGGAGACACUACAUGUAUAUUGAAUUUCUUUCGCACCGUGCGUAGCCAACAGUGCGGGUACAGAGCAAGUUUGUUGGCCUACAUACGAGAGAAUUUCAACAUACAUACAAGUGGAAAGAAUGCUGCUGGUGUUGAUGCUGCUGCUGAUGAUGAUUUUGUUGGUUGAGCGCCAUGCGCCCGUGCACAUGCGGUCUAACCCGCUAGCUAAUCACUACAGGUCACAGGAUUUCUUACACUGUACGUGUGUGUACAGUGUAUAUAAAUAUAUAUCUCUACGCUUUAUCAAAAUGCUUAACUCCCCCCCUCCACCUCCUCUGUCCACCCAGAAGUACAAAUGGGUUCAUCACAGCCGAUGGGCAGGCCGCGUGCGUGGUGGGGUAAAGUGUGGGUAACCUCUCCACAAAGACGUUUGGACAAUGCAGAGGAGUACCGCAAAUCCCCUUCUCGUGGAGUCCUCCGCCAUCCCGCGGCGGCGUGAGCAGCCAUUUGCAGGGCUGCACCGUUAACCCUUCACUUCGUACUUCAUCAAAAUGCGCCCGUGCUCCCGAGCCGGCGGUGGAAACGACGCGACGGCGUGGCGGGGCCAAGUCUGGCCGUGACGUCACAGUGAGCGGUGACGUCGGCCCCCACCCCCCCCCCCACCCCCCCCCCCCCCCACCCAGCGUCUUGUCAAGCGCGGAGCUACAACGACGGCCGUGACGACGAGGAGGAGGAGGAGGACGGCGGUGGGAUUGGGGCGGCGGUCGUCCGCCCCCGCGCACACACACACACACACGCGUGUGUGUGUGUGUUCCCGCACACACACACGCGUGUGUGUUCCCGCA